AUGCAGUUUUUUGGUCUCUCCGUAUUUGCAAUGGCUGCUAUGUCUGUUUUAGCACAGGAAAGUAAAGAAAAGUCCGACAAAGGGAUGGGAAUGGGAAUGGGAAAUGGCAUGAUGAUGGGAGGUGGCAUGAAGCCAACCGGAGCAUCACCUAGAGCAACAGGCAGUCCCACCAAGACGAACGGUACGGGUAAUGGUACAUACGCUGGCGGACCUAUCCAAGCCACAACGACAGCUGGAGUCACAAGUCUACUUUCACAAAGCGGCGGCUUGGUCUCCAUCGCUGGCCUGGGUGUAGUCUUUGCAGUGUUUAUGUAA